CUAAUAGACAGUUGUAAAAGACACUAAGAUCAGUCAAAAGGCAAGAAGGACUAACAUAUAUGAUGUUGUGUUUGGGUUCUGUUGGAUUGGUUCUGUUGGCUCUGACUGUGCAGAAUGGACAUGGAGCCCCAGACAGUGCUGGGUGGAAUGGAAAAGACACCACUGAGAGGAACUAUUACACCAGGUACCACAAUAUGACAGAGAUCAGUGACUGGAUGGAAAAGAUGAAGAGGGAGAACCCAGAUGUUGUCUCAUCCAUGGUCUACGGUCAAACCUAUGAGGAGAGGAACAUCACCUUACUGAAGAUUGGUUUGAAUUCCACAAAGAGGAAGAAGGCUAUCUGGAUGGACUGUGGGAUUCAUGCCAGAGAGUGGAUCGCUCCUGCUUUCUGCCAGUACUUUGUUAAAGAGAUCCUGCAAAGGUACAAAACCGACACCAAAGUAAAGGAGAUGAUGAAAAACCUGGAUUUCUAUGUCACUCCGGUGCUAAACGUUGACGGCUAUAUCUACUCUUGGCUAAAUAACAGUACUAGACUGUGGAGGAAGUCCAGAUCUCCAGGACCAGUUGGGUGUACCUGUUAUGGAACAGAUCUCAAUCGCAACUUCUACGCUAACUGGGGCACGGUUGGUGUCUCCACAAACUGCUGUGAAGAGACCUACUGCGGCUCCAAGGCUCUCUCUGAGCCCGAGGCCCGGGCCGUGACCGACAUGUUGGGGAAGAUGAGUGGAGACAUCCUGGCUUUCUUAACCAUCCACUCCUACAGCCAGUUGAUCCUUGUGCCCUACGGACACCCAAACAUCUCAGCACCCAACUACAAUGAGCUGAUGGAGGUGGGUCUGGGAGCAGUUAAGGCUAUAAAGGCUGUCCAUGGAAUGGACUAUACUGUUGGUACUUGGCCUGAUAUACUGUACCCUGCCUCAGGUUCAUCUCAGGACUAUGCAAGGUUGAUUGGCAUCCCGUUGUCAUACACCUUUGAGCUGAGGGACAAGGGCGAGUACGGUUUCGAACUCCCUGAGGACCAGAUCCAACCCACGUGUGAGGAGGCCUACGCCGGAGUCCAACACAUCAUCACCUACGCACACGACAAAGCGUUCUACAGCUCUGCUGCUACAGUCACAACAACUCUGUGGACCACAGUGAUGACAGCCUGGGUCUUUAGUGCCACCUUGCUGUAAACUGAGAGAACUGGAGGACUUAGGAUGGGAAUCACUUAUUUCAUCAAGUGUGGCAAAAGUAAAGGAAACAUUGUUAAGAAAUCACAUGUGAAGGAAACAAAAGGAAAUAUGAGUAAAUGAAUGCUUCCACUCCAGUGUAGAAAUGGGCAAAAAUUCCAUCAUCAUGUGUCAUUUUUGAAAAUCUGGGUGAGCCAAGUCUAUGAGUUUGGCUUCAAUGGGCAGGAGAGACAUUGGAAUUGGGGUGAAUGUUUGGGCAUUGUCUUCAGGCGUGUCACUGAUGAGACCUGGUUAAAUUGGGAUAUACCAUGGCCCUUUCAUCCAAAAUAUCUUAACCCAAUUGUUUACAUUCUGUGCAAAGCCUUACAACACUGAAUGUUCUGCCCCUCCAAUUUAAAUUAUGCAAAUUAUGGAAAUUAACAGGUUCAUAGGAAAUACAUGUGUAAGAGUUUUUAGUUGGGAGAGCCUUAAGGUGAAAACAUUUGUUUGGUCUCUCUAGCUUGAACAGUUCAAGAGAUACUUUUUUCAAGAGAUAUUGGGUUUGUUAACACUUGUUAUGCAAAUAAGGCUAAUAAAUAUAGUCAUUGAAAUGUUUUAAUUUGGGAUAGCCUUAACUUGAAACAAUAAAAAUACACAUAUUAAAUAAAAUGUGAAUGGAAGCAAUCUGAACAUAUCAACAUUGGUGUGGAGUAGAGGAAAUACAUAUAGAAUUCUGGGGUUAUGUCCCUACUAAAGCCUAUGGUAUUUGUUUUUUGUCAUUGAAUUGCAUUAUAAGCACAAUAAAUAGUUAUAUAUAUAUAAAGAAGAUAGAUAUAAUCUUCUCAAGAAACCCAAGUCAUGACAGUCUAUGCAUUUGACCGUUGGUUUCAUGAUAAUAACUUCUGUUCUUUAGGCUAUAGAGCAGGUGGAAGAAACUGAAAUAAUAAGACAGAGAAAUGUCAUUUGGACUCAUUGAAUAUUUAUACACAGACACGAAUCGCAAUUUAAAAAGCCACAGGAAAUUCACCUUGAAUGGCCAUUUUCACCUAUGUGACACACUUUUGUGCCCUUUGUAUGUCUGUAACGAGGCCAAACAUUCAAGGGUAUGUAAACUUUUGAUCAGGGCCAUUUGGGUGAUUUCUGUUAUCAUUAUGAUUUAAA